AUGGAGGGCAUGGCCACGGCGGCCGUGCCAGUUGCGAGGAGACCCGCGCCGGCAAAUGUGGCUACUGGUUCGGGGACUUCAAACCUUGAAGAUGUGGCGGCGGCAGUGGAGAGGAAGCGCGCACUUGCAGCUCUCAUGAUGUUUCAAAAGUUUGAUCCGCCAGUGUUCGAUGGGGAAAAGGUCGAACCUUGGAUGAUCGAGUCAUGGGUGGACUCGAUGGAAACCUUGUUUGAGGACCUCUAUACGCUGGAGAGGGACAAGGUGCAUCUAGCAACACGUUACCUAGAGCGGACGGCGAAGGUGUGGUGGAAACGACUCAAGCAAGAUCGGUCUCCCGACCUUCCGCCGUUGACGUGGGAAGAAUUCUGGGGAUUGUUGUAUGCCAAGUACUUCCCCGAUAGUGAGAAGAAGAAGCUCCAGGAGCAGUUCAGAAAGUUGAAACAGGGUAACCGCUCUAUUGGAGAGUACGAGCGGGAGUUCUCGCAUAUUAUCGACUGCGUCCCCGAGGUAGUGCGAGAUGACCGAGAUCAAGCCGAUUGGUUCAAGCGAGGGCUCCAGUCCGACAUCUAUAAGGUGGUACAUGCCCUUAAGCUCACUACCUUUACGGAGGUGCUCGACCGAGCGUUAUGGGUGGAGCAAGGAAACACUCACAUCCGGGAGGAGCGAGAGGCAAACGAAAAGGACGGUGGCAAGAAGUUGGCUCAAGGCGGUUCGGGAGCUCAAUCAAAGUCGAGGAAGCCCCCGAAGUAUCCGCGAACCUAG